AUGGUUUCUAUUUCAAACAUUUCGUGUCUUCUAUUUUUUCUUUUUAUCAAUCUUACUAACGAACAAGAUCACGAUGAAAAUUCGUUUGAAAUUCGCGAACACAGUUUGAAUCGACCCUAUCCAGCUGUUUUUUCUACGGCGAACUCAUACUGGCAUUUAGUUGGCAAUACUAUUGUCACCGACCGAUAUAUACGUUUAACGUCAGAUUCCCAAAGUAAAGCUGGUGGUUUAUGGAACAUGAUCCCUGUUACUUAUCCUGAUUGGGAAAUGCAUAUUCACUAUAAAGUACACGGCAGUGGAAAGGAAUUAUUCGGCGAUGGCUUUGUUAUUUGGUAUGUCAGAGAUCCGAAGUUAACUGGACCUGUUUUUGGUUAUGCAGAUUACUUUCAUGGUUUAGCUAUCAUCAUGGAUACCUAUUCCAAUCACAAUGGUCCUCAUAAUCAUGCUCAUCCAUAUAUAUCAGCGAUGGUUAACAACGGUUCACUUCAUUAUGAUCAUGAUCGUGAUGGCACACAUACAAUCAUAAGUGGUUGUGAAUCACCUUUCCGCGGUCGAGAUACCGACACACUAGUGGCUAUACGUUAUCAAAAUGAUCGUUUAACAAUUUCAACUGACAUUGAAGGAAAAAAUGUUUGGAAAGAAUGUUUUACAGCUUCCGAUGUUCAUUUGCCUACGCAUUAUUAUUUCGGUUUCUCAGCUGCAACUGGUGAUUUAUCUGAUAACCAUGAUAUCAUUUCCGUACAUACAUACCAACUAGAUUCAAGCGAGAAACGACGUUCAGAAGAUCGUCGAUCUAUCAUACCUAAUGCGCCAGGUGCUGAACCUGAACGUGAACACACUGAUGAUCCCAAAGGAUCCGGUUGGUCAGCAUUGAAAAUCUUUUUUCUUAUCAUCUUUUUGAUCAUUGUUUGUGUCGGUGUUGGUGUCGGUGCAUAUUAUUACAUGAACAAUCGCCAAUAUCAACGAACGCGAUUCUAUUAA